AUGGACGAGGAUUUAGUAUUUCUACUAGACAGUCCGAUCCUGAGAUGGGAAAUUUUGAACAUUAGAGAGGGUGUGCACGAAAUAAAUAAAAACCGACAAAUAAAUGGUGAAUUUUUUAAUUUGUAUGAAGAAUUGAGAUUGUACCCUAGAAAAUUCUUUGAGUAUACUCGAAUGUCCGUGUCAACAUUUGAUUACGUCCUGAGUAAAAUAUCACCUAAAAUCACUAGAGAAAUUGUUCAUAACUCGGAGGUUUUUGUCAACAUGAACUGCAUUUAG